GUUAACUUGAUGCUGUUCCUGGUGGUUAGUGUUUCAAGUUAACUUGCUGUUGGUCUCAGUGGUGAAUGAUUCUAGUUCACCUGAUGCUAUUCUCUGUGGCAGCAGCGGUGACAGACAGCAGCUUCCUGGACUGUGACGGGGAUCUCUACCCUGAUGACCACACCAUGACACUUGCCCAGCAGGCGAUUCCCCAUGAGUUGGACAUGGACAGCGCCAUCGAGGGUACCCAGAAUUCGGAGGAAUCAGAGCCGGGCACAGAGGAGGAGAAGGGCAGUCAGAUGGUCACUUUGUUCCUGCCGGGCACAGAACAAGCCGAAUCUCCCUGCCUGUCCGCUGUCUCAGAACCAUCCACCAGCUCUCUCCUCAGCAUCGAGGAGCAGUAUGAGGAUUAUGGAGAAGCGGAUGAGGCUGACUUCAUUCCCAGCAGCCCCUUUCCUGAUGAUGAAAGCAGAACCAAUGGUUUCUCGGACCUGGGAUCAUCCGUCUCCUCCAGUGCUGGUCAGACCCCGAGGAAGAUGAGAAGCGUGUUUGGCAGUGAAUUCCUGGAUGUGUACUGUUCCCAAUGCUGCAAGAAAAUUAAUCUUCUCAAUGACUUGGAGGCUCGUCUCAAAAAGCUGAAAGCAAACAGCCCUAACAGGAAGAUCUCAUCGACAGCUUUCGGGAGGCAGCUUUUCCACAACAGUAACAUCAGCAGCAGCACUGGCAGCACUGAGGACCUGUUCCGAGACAGUAUUGACUCCAGUGAUAAUGAUAUUACUGAAAAGGUGAGCUAUCUGGAGAAGAAGGUGUCGGAGCUGGAGAAUGACUGCCUGAUGAACGGUGAUCAGAAGAGUAAACUCAAGCAGGAAAACACACAACUAGUGCACAGGGUUCAUGCGCUGGAGGAACAGCUGAAGGAUCAGGAGUCGAGAGCAGAAGAGGUUUUCCAAGAAGAGAUGAGGCGACACCGGGAGAUUCUCAAUAAACUAGAGAGGGAGAAGAAUGCAGAGAUUGAAAUGCUGACAGCCAGGUACAGUCAUUGUGAUUGA